UUGACUUUUCCGCUUGAAAAUUGUUUGGGAAAUUUUUAUCUCAAUUCUUUCUACUAAAAAUGAAAACAAAUUGAACAGAUUUUAGUUAACUUAAUAUGAAGCUUUAUAUAAUUCUACUCGCAAUUACAUUUUCAAAUCAAUUUUAUUUGUGUGUCACGACAAGAUUACGGGAUGCCUGCUAUCCUUUACAGAAUUCAACAUGGGUGCAACUGUGUAAGGGUUCCAUGUCCAAGGAGAUAAAAAUCAAAUAUAAAGAUCAAUUGACCGUCGUUGGAACACCUUAUAAAAUAUUCCGUUUGAUGCAUGUUGAUUACUCCUUUAUGGUUUCAUUUUUUAAUUCACCAAUACUGAAUUGUUCUUGGAUAAAUGUCAAUGAUGAUUUCACCAUAAAAUGCCGAGGCAAACAACCGAUUUUAUUGAGGCAAUCGAAAUUCUAUUGCUUUGGCUAUGGGCUUUAUUAUUUGGCUGAUUUAUUGGCAUUGUGCAUGGAUCAGCAGGAUUCGCUAACGAAAAUUGCAAGUCAAGGAUCAUUCUCAGUGGUGCACUUAAGUUAUAUACCACCGUUAAAAGCGGCGCAGGCAGGUUUAAAUGUAAGCUAUCUUAACGUUUUAAUAAUGUUUUUAUUUCAUGUUUUGUUUGUUAAAUAAAGAAAUGAUAAUAUAAAAAAUGACAAUGAUAAGUC